AUGACUAACUCCCAGAGAGAGAUUUCCCCGACCUUUUUUUUUCUGCUGUCUUAUAUCAUGGAAGUUUUAAACAGGAGUUCAUACCUGGCCAACCUUAUAAAAUCAAACCCCAACGUGGGUCAAAUACAGUACGACUAUUCUUGCGAACUCUAUCGUAUGUCAACAUAUUCUAAGUUUCCAAGCAACGUACCAGUGUCUGAACGAAGUCUUGCCAAAGCUGGUUUUUAUUACACUGGUGUAGAUGACAAAGUUAAAUGCUUUACUUGUGGACUGAUGCUUGACAACUGGAAAAAAGGAGACGAUGCGGCUGAAAAACAUAAAAAGUUAUACCCAAGUUGCACUUUCAUCCAGAAUGCACCAGCAGUAAAUCUUGGGUCAUCUUAUUCUGCCUUUUCCCCUCUGACUUCUCUGGUCAGUCAACCACCAUCUGCCUGUUCUGAUGUGGAAGUUCAAUACAUUAAUCAAAGCUAUAUGAGUUUUCCUCCAGAUUCAGUUACAUCAAGAGCUGUUGAAGAUCUGUCCCACCUAAGAAUUAAUGAGUCCAUUUCCCACAUGGCCACAGAAGAAGCUAGACUUCAAACUUUCACUACUUGGCCACUGACUUUUCUUGAUUCAACUGAACUUGCUAAGGCUGGAUUUUACUACAUAGGACCUGGGGACAAAGUCUGUUGCUUUGCCUGUGAUGGGAAAUUAAAUAACUGGGAACCAAAAGAUAAUGCCAUGUCAGAGCAUCGACGACAUUUCCCAGAAUGUCCAUUUGUAAAAAGCAGUAGUUCAAGAGUACCAAGGUUCAGUGUUUCCAAUGUGAGCAUGCAGACCUCAUCCUCUCGUCUGAAAACCUUUGUUAAUUGGCCAUCCAGAAUCCCAGUAACACCCAAAAAGCUAUCGGAAGCUGGAUUUUAUUAUGUUGGUAAGAUAUUUUUACAUAUUUGUUACAGUGCUUUUUUUUGGCUAGAUUGGCAGGUCGUUCAAAGAAAGAAUCUGUUAAAACAGCUGAACAAAAAUAUUUUUAAGUCCAAUAUGUUUUCAAUUUAGUUACUCUAGCCUUAAAUUUAAAAGUCACUUUGAAUUCUCCCUUCUAGUAAAAAACCCUUAGUAUCAUUAAUAUGAUAUGUUUUAUUAAUGUUCUUUUCUUGUUCUUUUUGAAGGACGGAAUGAUGAUGUAAAGUGCUUUUGUUGUGAUGGUGGCCUCAGAUGUUGGGAGUCUGGAGAUGACCCGUGGGUGGAGCAUGCUAAAUGGUUUCCCAGGUAAUCACAUGACCUACACAGCAAAUAAAUUGUUCAUGUAUAUCUUUUGACCACUUCCCAAAGGAUGACAUGUUUUGAAGGAGUGUAUACUUUUCAUCUUACUGAUUUGUCAAAUUGCGUGUUUGGUGUGUGUAUAUGUGGGGCUGUUUGUGGUAUUGAAUGUGAGAGGCUGCUUGUGGGGUUGCGUCAGGGAUGUUCUGUUUGUGGGGACUGUGUGUGUGUGUCUAUUUGGGGUGUUUUGUAUUUGUUUGAGGGAGAGGCUAGUCUUGCGGCUCUGUGUAUAUCUAGCAGCGUGGAUGGCUUCCCUUGGGUACUAGUCAAGGGCAGGAGCUGCGAUUGCUGCUGCACAGCUGCUCUACUCCAGAGCGGAUUCCUGUUCACAAGUCUGGGAAGAAGUGAUCUGAUAUAAUUUUCUCUAAAUACUGCAAUAUGUAAAUUGAGGAAUGUCCCUCACCACCUGAAAUCACUGUUUGGGUUGCACCAGCAAAUAUCUGAAGUACCACUGGCACUCCUGAUAGGCCAGAGCCUGUUUGACGAUGACAGCCUUGAAUAACAUUUAUGGCACACAUGCCAAAAGUUGCUUACCCCAGCUGUAAAGCCCAGACAUUUCUAAAAGUUCAUUAGUAAAUAGAGCAAAUUUAAGGUGUGAGCCAAAGCUAUAUAUUUGCCACUGCAGGCCUUAUCUUGUAACAUGACUGCUGUUUGUGUACAUAUACAAUCCAUUCUCCUGCCGCCCAAGGACUGUGUAGUUAGUAUCUGAUCGUUCCUACUUGUGAUCUCUCUUGCUCCUCUAUAAAUAUAUAAACCUGUGUUGGAGGCAUGCCAACGCGUUUCUGAUAGUGUACUGGAAGAUUUCAACUCAAAGCAUAGCUUUAACCUACUACAUUGCCUCCCCCCCUCACACCCAAUCAUAAGUGUUAAGGAAUUUAAAAAUUCAAAAGUAAUGGAUAAGUAUUUUACUAGAAUAUGUAAAAGCACUCUAUACAAAAUGUUGCAUGUUUUGAUGAUUUAGUUUGAAAAGUGUAUAGUGGAGCUCCUGUGAUAGCACUUUAAAUUAUUAUUUUUUUCUUUUCAGAUGUGAGUUCUUAUUGCAUAUAAAAGGUCAGACUUUCAUUAAUGAAAUCCAAGAAAAAUAUCCACAUCUCCUUGAUCAGGUAAGUCAGAAAAAUGCUAUAUCAGGGUCAUAAUUUAAUAUCUAAUAGAAUGAUCAGUUUAUCUUCAAGUAGGGGCUCAGAAUUUGUGCUUAUCUGUAAUUUGUGACCUGGAAUAGUGAAACUAUUGAAAGCACCCCUUAGUACCCAACUAUCACAAAGUAAAAGAGCAGCCUGUCUUUGUUGAUGUUCCUCGUUUCCUCAUGCCAGUGAACUUUAAAGCCUUUUUAUUGUGUUGAACUAUGCAAUGGAGUUAACUCCAUGCAUGUUCCGUGUAAUUGGUGCCCCAUAUUGUCUGUUUAAAAAGCAGGAUGAUAUUCUAUUUCCUGGAAACAUAUUGUUCGUUCUCAUUGUAUAAUCUACAAACAUCCUUGCUUAAACUAGAACACCCAGGUUUUUUUUUUUUUUUAAAAACCUAUUUUAUCCUCUCUACACUGUUUUUGUCUCACUAGUUAUAUAUUUUUAUAUUUUAGUUACUUUCAAGUUCCGAUAUGCAGAACAAUGAAGCACAGUACCAACCAAGUAAGUUAACUUCAGUUAAAGUUCUAACCAAACCUUACAAAUAUUUUUAUUACUUUAUUGUAUACAUUGUGUGAUUGAAACGGGAUUAGUGGUUUGCUUUGGGUUUUUAGUGGGCAACUUGUGUGUUUCACUUUUGUUGCCUAGUUCAUAAUGUUGUGUAAAAGUUAAUUUAAUUGAAUUUAGGGAAUGGUCAAACUAUGAGAACUUAGGUGUACGUGAAACAUUUCUACACCUAAUGGUGAACAUUUGUUUGGUUUCAGUAAUCCGUUUGGGAACUGACACCAGCCCUGAAGAUGAUCUUAUGAUGAACACAGAAGUAGUUCUGACUGCCCUGGAAAUGGGUUUUAAUAGAAGAUUAGUCAAGCAGACCGUACAAAGUAAGAUGUUAACAAGUGGAGAAAACUACAAAGAUAUUGCUCUCCUCAUAUCUGAUAUUCUAAGUGCUCAAGACGAACAGACUGAAGAGGAACGUGACAGACAAGCAGAAGAAACAACAUCAGGUAAUUUCUGCUUUGAAAUACAUUUCUCAUACGUUCUAACUAGUUAAAUAGCAGCUAUGUCUCAUGUGAAAUGUGGCCAACAAUGACUGGAGAAACAAAGUUUUCCUACUGCUAGUAUAAAUAAUGUGAAAUUUGGUAAAGAAAAGUUUUACGAGCAAAAAAGACCUGUUGCAAAUCCCAGCUAGCUUCAAACAAAAUCUUCUGUUUCUCAAACUAAAGCUAAUGGAAACAGUGUAUACGAUUAAAGCCUGGCUUAAAUAAAAACCCCACAUAAAAUCUUUGUAAUGCUUGUCUGUCUGUAAAAGCUAAUUUGCCAAUAUUGUUUUCUUUUCUUUCUGUAGAUGAGAUCAUUGUGAUCAGAAAAAGUCGAGUCGCUCUGUCACAACGCUUGACCUGCUCACUUCUCAUUCUGAAUGACCUUCAUUCAUCUCAUAUCAUAACCACACCUGAAAACGAUUCCAUAAAGCAAAAAGCCCCACCUGCUCUGCAAGCACAAGAACUGAUCGAAACCAUACUAGCAAAAGGGAAAAAUGCAGUUCUAGCAUUCAAAAACUGUCUUAAGGAAUAUGAUGCAGACCUUUACAAGGAAUUAUAUUGUAAGUUGUGGUUUGCUUGUUUGUUUGUUUUUUCUUUUGUAUUGCUUUAGGGACUGUUUGUACUGGAGAGUAGGAGUCUGAUCAGCAAGAGCAUUCUUGUUGCCCACUCUGACAGAGAAUCAUGUCUACAGUUUCACAGUCAGACGGCUUUACCUCAUGUGUAAUGUAUUCUGUAGGGCAGUUAUUGUUAGAUCACUAAAUAGCAUAGACACUGUUAAUUUAUAGAAUGUGAGAUCUCUAAAAUUAUCAUUCACAUUAAGUUCCAGUUUGUAUGGGUUUGCUAAAACCAUCCUUUUGAUAUUUCUAAAAAUAUAAAACUGCUUUGCUCAAAUAAGCCAGUUGUCCUUUUAUGAUAAUAACAAUGGUAGCUUUAGAUACAAAGUAUUUAUUUGGCGCAUUGGCCGUCUGCACACAAUCUGUGGUAGAUGCCCUUUCAUGUACACUGACCUAACUUACAACAUGUGUAGAUCGGCUCUUUCAUUUACAUGGCUUACAUCUUGGAACAGUACGUAUUCAGAUGCAGUUGUUUUUCUAACUCUUUCUUUUUUGUUUCUUUCGUUUUUAGUGGAACAGUCUUUAAAAUUAUCGGAUGACUAUUCAGGUAACUAUAAACACUGUGCAUUCAAACCUUUAUAGCUUUGUAAGGAUUUAAAACAAACAAGAAAAACAACCCACCCACCCAUAACUGUGUGUAUUUCAUGCUUUCCAAUUAUUUUACACAUCCCUUUUCUUACUAAUGUAUAGCUCUUAGCUCACCUAUUAUGGCAAUAUUAAUGUUCAGUAGUGCCUAUAUGAGCACUAACCGUGUGCAUUUGUUUCUUGUAGAUCUACCUGUAGAAGAACAGUUAAGAAGGCUCCAAGAAGAAAGAACAUGCAAGAUUUGCAUGGACCAGGAAGUCUCUAUUGUUUUUAUCCCUUGUGGACAUUUAGUAGUGUGUAAGGACUGUGCCCCGUCUCUCAGAAAAUGCCCAAUUUGCAGAGGCACAAUCAAAGGCACAGUACGGACAUUUCUUUCAUAAGCUGGGGCUUAUGUGUAAAUCUUGCUCAAUAGAAAUGAUGUUUUCAUGAAUAAAAAUAGUCUAUUUUGUAAUCUGAGUUGUCUCUUUUGCUGCUGCUAGUAUUAUUCCUCGUUGUUUUUUUUUGUUGUUGUUGUUUUUUUGUUUUGUUUUUUUAAAUGGAUAAUUCGCCUCAACUCAGAACAAGUAAAUGUGCUGUCCAAUUUGAUAGACUUGUGUGCAAAUCUUUUUGAACUGCAAUGGAUGAAUCAAAUGCCUGUUAAUCUAAACCAGAACAAUUACAUUUGCCUGGGAUUAUAGAUGGAUCAAUUUGUUGCACUGUAGACUAAGAGACAUUUAAUUCAUCCAUCACAGGUGAAAUAGAUUUGUGCACUAGUCUACUGUUUUCACACCCCUUAAAACACAAAUUAAUUCAAUAAAAUAAUGCAUUGAUGGGGGGAGGGACUGUUUUUUUUUAAUAUGGAAACAAUGAACAAUUAGCUCUUUUUAGAGUAUAUUAACCUGAACAAAAUUGGAGUCAAUGUCACAAUAAAAAUAUAGAUAUUCUGCUGUAGAAAUGUAGGCUUUGGAAGUGUUUGCAGAACACUUUUUUUUAUUGUUGACAGCAAAGGACUACCCAACACAAGUAAUGUUUAGCAGAUAUAUCCCCAGUGAAUACAUGUUUCAUUUAUUUAUGCAGUUCUUAUUACUAAGACUGUAGCCUUUGCAAGCACUCCCCUUUUUCCUUGGAACAGACGUAAUCUUUCCCAAAGAUUCUGCAAAAAUCCAUGAAUAAAGAUGUUUAGGUAGGGAGGCAAAAAUGACCUUUUUAGUUAGGGGUCCAUGUUCAUGAGAAGAAACUGGGAAGUCCACACUAUCCAUUGAUAAAUAGACCAAGUGUCUCUUGGAUACUUGAAGUGGCUGACCUAGAGUUUGAGGAACUUUGUUAUUAGAAUUGGCUGUGGUGCCAAGGGUGCACUGCCCUUCAACAUUCUGAUGUCCAUUUUAGUAUGGUUUAACAACUUACUUGGUUUCUAUUAGUGUCAGUUCUGCAUCUGUUUUAAUGCAGGAGCAGCAGGAUGUCUUUAUAAAUUUAAAGCACAGCUGAUCUAAGAAUGCCUCUAGCUAAUGCGCUUUGCCCUACUUGGCUCUCUAGAGCUAACUAGGUUCUCCUACAGGAGCAGACCUGAAACAGGCUGUGCCCAGCAGGACCUAGGUAAGUUGUCAAACUGUAUAAAUAAUUUACAACCCGUGGGGCUGUGCGUGAUAGAGCACCAUCUUUAGCAUUGUGUGUCUCAGCCUGGUCGCGUGGAAUACGUGAAACGACAUCAGUGGCCAAAGGGAGCUUGGGAGAUCGGAAUUUAGCUUCAGGUAACAAUAAAAGAUUCUCAGUCUGAAUUAGAACCAUAGCUAUCAGAGUGUAGAUAUUUGUAAGUUGUUCCUUACUGCCAAAGUCAUAGCUUCUGAGUUAGACAAACUAACAUUGCAGAAGAAAUAUAUUUUGGAGUGGAGAGUGAAUAAAUCUAGCUCUGGUACAAAAGUAGGUUAUUGUUGGGAUGAGUCAAAACUACGUAAGAUGAGGCAUCUAGUUUUAGGACAUUACAUAUUGUUAAUGCUUGAGAAGACAUUUGAUAGUGUCUUCCUUGCUGGUCAUGGCAGUAAUGUACAGCAGUGUAGUGGUUCUGGUGGCUAUAGCCUGUCUUAAUAGUAAAAGAAAGACAGUGUGUAGGCGAUUCACAAUUAUUGUGGCACUUCAGUGCGUGGCUGAAAAUUCUGUGGCACCUGUGAACCUGAUAUACAGAGCCUGGCACAGCUCUGGAAAAUGUGAGUGGGAGUUCAAUGUCUAUUUACCACUUAUUAUCUUCGUACAGUUCACACUAUGGUGUUUUCUGUUUUUUUGUAAUUUUAGAUAUCAUUCCAACCAAGUUCAUCAUAUGGUAAUAUCACUCUUAUAGAGUCACACUGGGGAAGUGUAUACACUGGUAUAUAUCUUUAUUGUAAAGCCUGUCUUUGCAGGCAUUUCCAUGUAAAAACUGCCCUUUCAGAGAAAACAGUGUUUACCUUACUGCCUAGGGACACCUCAAGAUUCAGUCACUCAGUUGACUACUAGAGGUGCUUCCUGGGUCAGUGUUUCUGAUGUUUAGUGUCUCUACACUCAAUGCAUCUCUAUGAGGAGAUGUAGACAGGCCAGCACAGCUUUUGGCUCAGCCAAUCUAAUGCUUUCACGUGAGAUUGUCAAUUCUGAUUAUCUCCGCCAAGGAGGUGGAUCGGGCACGGGACCAGCACUGGCAGGUGUGCGCAGUUCUGGAAUAAAGGUAAGUUUUUACCUUCUUUGAGGGAUGCAAGGGUGGGCCUGUCACCUAGAUAGUGUUUUUGGCACUAUAUGUUCAGGAAUACACGUUUGUAUUGCUGACCCUAUAGUGUUCCUUUGAAAAUCUGUGUAUGGCUUUUAUACUGAGUGGUAAAGGUAUUUCCAGCAUAACAGAAAGCUUUUGUGAGUGUUAACCAGAUUUCACUGCUGUGGCUUUAGUCCUCUGUUACUUUUAAAAGGGGCACUAUAGGCAUCUAGACAACCUUUAGCUUAAUGGAGCCGUCUUGGUAUGUAUAUUAUUCCCUUGCAGUUGCAUUGUGCUGUCCUCUCAUUCAGUUUUAAACCAUUUUCCAGUAGUUUAAAUAAGGCUACCCGACCCUAUUGGGGGUGUGACUAAGGCAGAGAUUACACACUUCCUUCAAGCAAUACCUAUUUAUACCAGCAAUUGGCAUGGGGCUAGGAUGAAAGCGGCGCAGUCAGCCAGUCACAGCCACCCAUUGAUUCUCAGGUUAAUGCUUCCUCAUUAGCCCAAGGAGCAGAGAGGUCUUAGAAGAUUAAAAACUGUUUUCUGGCUAAUCAUGAAAGCAUUACUUAUAGGUAACUCAGCUGGAUCAAAACAGGGAAUCGACAUCCUACAGUCUUGGUGGUAUGGAAGGUCCCUCCUUCAAUACCACAGUCUUUUUACUGUCCUUAGUCGUACAGGCAGGAAUUUCUUAUAAGCAUUCUUUUUAUUUUUUGGCCAACUUCUCAUGUGUACCAUGGGUCUUCAGAUGAGGUUCAGCCUCUCAAGAACUUCGUAAACAGCCUACAAGUGCAGGUCUUACUAAGUUAGGUUCAGUAGUACCUAUUGUACCACUAUGAGGGAUCUAUGUAAAUAACCUCUAGUUUUGAAGGAUGAAACCAAUUACGUUUCCUAUCAUGGCCAUGUUAGGACAUCAGUCUUUAUGUAGGCAGAAUUGUUUUUGAGAAGCCUCUUACCUAAAUCCGUCCCUUUAGUUUUGUCUUCUUUGGAAUUGUAUUUAGGAGGAAAAAUAGUAUCUAUCUUCCCUGGUCUGAGUCUUCGGUGUUCUCUUACCGAAUUCAGUUCCUUAUAACGCUGGGAACUCUGGAGCAUGCAAUGUAGUCCCAGUAUCCUGCCACUGUUACAGAGCAUGUGCGGACUUCGACCCCAAUUUAAAUGGAUAAUCCACUUCACAGGAUAUUUAGGACUUUUAACUUAAGGCUAUUUUGGUAAAAUGCAAGAGUUUUAAGGGGAGCUAGGAUUUUAGUUCUAUAAAGGUAUUUUUCUUUAUAAAAUGUCAUCUUUCAAUCCUUUUUUGUCACAAAAUGUCUUCUGCUUCCCAACACUUAUUCACUACACUUACACUUAUUGAAUCCCAAGUAAAAGCCAGGGAAAUCUCCAAGAAAGCAUAAAGAUAAGUCAAACCCGUCUAUGGACUGGUAUUGAAUAGCUCCAGAAGGAAACAACUCAUAACUGAGACACUAUAGUCACCAGAACAACUACAGCUUAUUGAAUUUGUUCUGGUGAGUAGAAUCAUUACCUUCAGGCCUUUUGCUGUAAACACUGUCAAUUCAGAGAAAAUGCAGUGUUUACAUUACAGCCUAGUGAUAACUUCAGAUGGCUGUUAGAGAUCCUUCCUGGGGCAGUGCUCCACAUUGUGACUGACAUUCAGUAUCUCCUCCCUCUGCAUGCAGACACUGAACUUUCCUCAUAGAGAUACAUUGGUUCAAUUCAUCUCUAUGAGGAGAUGCUGAUUGGCCAGGGCUGUGUUUGACUUGUGCUGGCUCUGCCCCUGAUCUGCCUCCUUCACAGUCUCAGCCAGUCCUAUGAGGAAGCACUGUGAUUGGCUCAGAACAACACUUCUGAUGAUGUCAGCAGACAGCUUGCAGGCAGACAGGGGCAGAGCCAGCAGCUUCAAGCUUGAAUACAAGUAAGAUUUUACUAUAUUUAUGGAGACAUGAGGGGACCAGGGUGGCUAGAUGGUGGUUUUAACCCUAUAGGGUCAGGAAUACAUGUUUGUGUUCCUGCCACCAUAGUGCUCCUUUAACCUUAUACCAUCAUCUUUUCUAAAGUUAAUACAUACAUUCCAUGUUUGAUUGUACCAAAACACAUAUUACUAUUAAUUAACCAAUCAGUGUUUGUUUUUCUCAAAUUUGCCAAUAUCAUCUGUGAAAUUGCCUUUGUCAGAUUAUUCUAUGUCUAUUAUCACCUCUCUGAAAAGUCCUCUGAUAUGUUUCUCUUCUAUAUGUCAUCAUCACAUGUUGAUGCGUUACUCCUGAUGACAGACGUUCAGCAUGCACCAAAAAUUUAUAAUAGCCCGCUCAGAACACUUAUGGAGUUACACCUUUGGCGGCAAAAAGAUAGAUUGUAAGUGCAGCAUUUCAUAGUGGAAUUCAGCACAUAGAGACAGACUCCAAGCACCAUGACCACUUUACAUUAUAAGUGCUCAUGGUGCUUGGAUAAACCCUUUAAUGCGGAAUGUGCUCUGUCUGUAAGUGAACUGUAACCUGAUUAUGUGGUAAAGUGAUCCAACCUACAUUAGUCAGCAAAACAGAUCGAGUUUACAUAAAAUGUAAUUUUGUCGCUGGGAAAAAGUAUCAGAAUUUUAAAACUGAAUUGUUUUAUAUACAUAUAACGUAUAGUAUAAUUUAGUGCUGUACAAUUAAAACUCGUUUUUUUAUAUCCCUGAUAAAUUCCAUUUUGUUGUAAAAGAAACUGCACGGCCUAGGUUACAGUUACUGUGAAAUUCCCUGCUUUGUUUACUGCCCCUAUGGAAUUAUUGUAAAAGGUGAAACUUUAUUUUUUACAAGUUCACCUGUUACAUAUACUGUGCAGCUCGAGGGCAAGUGAGAUAUUACUAGUUUUUUUCUGUAAUAUAAUCUGUUGAGUAAAAAAAACCUUUCAGGAAUUGUCUUGUUACACCUUUAUGCACAAACUCUAAACUAAUUACAUUUAUAUGUGUUAGCAGUAUAUUCAGUGCCAACAUAUUCCGCAGCGCUGUACAAUGGUUAUAUGUCAAAUUGUGGUGUAAACCCUAAAACUGUGUUUGAACAGCUUAUUAUCCUCCUGGUAAGUCACCUGUUCAACAAAUGUCAAUGACUGUUUGGAUACAAAAACUUCCAUGGUAAUAAAUGAAUCUGUGUUUUUGCAUUAUGAAGUAUUUUUAUGGCAACCAUGAACCUUUGUGUUUGUUGUAACCAAAUUUAUCUGGCUGUGACUAGAUCUUAAUUACAGUGAACACAUUGUAUGUAUGUUAUAGUUCGUUCCUUUUUUUGUUGCUGGUGCAGCACGUAUCUAUUCGGGGGAACAUGUUCUUUUUCUUUUCAAUGGUUCACUUCCUGUGUCUCCGUGUAAUGUAUGUGUUGUUAGCCCCUUAGUGACACUGGACAUACACUGCUCACGUGGCCACGUGUGGUGGUUGAAGGUCAUUCAGUUCGGUGAGAACUGUCAGAAAUUCAAAGUGAAUUUUACAUUUAAGGCCAAAGUAGAUGAACUGGUAUCACAGUUGAUUUGGAGAAUUUAUCAUCUAUUUUGGCCUGAAAUUGAGUUCACUUUGAGUUCCUGACAUUGCUCACAUUAAUAAAUAACACAGGCAGUCCGAAUCCACAUUUACAGAUCCUUAUAACUGCCCCUGUCAUCACGACAUGGGUAUUACCAGGACCCUGACUAGUGAGGCAAUCCAGAAAAGCACUCUCAAUGGUUGCCCCAGGUAUCUGAUCACUGUGGCACCAUGCCAGGGCAGCAUGGAGGCUUCUGGGACCACGUGUUAUAGCUGGAUCUAUUGCCCGAAGAUAGUAUCAGAGACUACUGAGAUUCACAUUAUUAGCUAAUGAUGCCAUCCAGAAAUGCCCUUUCCAAAUCACAUGUUGCUGCAGCGACUGAAAUGUUCUGUUUUGUAUUUAGAACCGCCAUUAGGGGGGCAUAGCUGUAUGGACUAGGGCCCCUAUAUCCUCAAUGUGGAUAUAUACUAUAUAUAUAUAUAUAUAUAUAUAUAUAUAUAUAUAUGGGAGACCUAAUGAUGUCGCACAUAUAAUAUGAGAUGUAUACAGUAGCCUUAUACAAGUUUUAUGGAUUUACUUAAUGUAAAAAAAAGAAACCAAGUAAAAUAUUAAUGUGCUUAACAGGCAUUUUCUUAAUUUGUGGGGUUUAUCAUGUGGUGUUGAGUGUGGUUUUUAUGCAAAAGGGGAAUUAAAGUAUUUAUUUAGGCAGUAGUGAAAAUAAGGAUGGGCAAGAUACAUCCCCUUUCAUUUUCACUUGCGGCUGUUUGUUAAUUAGAGAGUGAAUGCAGUAAGGGUAGGCUGGAUAGGUCUGGGAUUAAGCUAUUUAACAUCAAAGUGCAGUCCUUACAUUCUAAUGUUGGGACAAAAUAGAUUUGGAAAGUCUCUCCCAAGUUACUAUGCUUUUAGUUUGGCUAUUUAGGCUAAUAUUCUACAUUUCUUUUGAAUUCCUAAUAAUUCCUUCCUGUAAAUUCCGUGUCUAAUCGCUCAUUCCAUUAGGGAGUGCGAAGAAUAGUAUUUUCUGUAAAAGGCAAAUAUUACUCAGUUAUGAUGUAAAAUACAUAAAACACACUUAGAUAUAAUUGUUUCUAUUAAAUUUAUUAAAAUUAACUGCUAGUUGUAAUCAUUUUUUGAUUGAUAAGCAGACAUAAUUGCAAACACAAUCAAUUCCCAUUAUUUGGGAUAUGAUACACUGCAUUCUAACAUACGGGUGUGUUGGGUACACCAGGCCCAUGUACUCGCCUGUAGUGAAUGUACUAAAUCGCAGUUUGGUUUCUUAUCUUUGGAGCUCAUCUUGAUGUUUACUCUAAGCUGGAAGUUAACACAGCCUGUUAGUAGAGAUAUUGGGGGGAGGAAGGGAGCGUAAAUUAUUUUUAGAUUGGGUAUAAACAUGGCUUUCAGCUUUACCAGGACUCACCACUUGGGGGAGGGGAUGGGGGGGCUCUGGAAGUGACUGAAUGAUUAGGGGAGAGAGCAUGUUUCUUUCACAGCUCCCAGAUAAACUGUAAAUACAAGUUCUGAAAUGUUUCCUCGACAACUGGCUUCAGUGGCACACAAAGUUAUUAUUAUGAGGGGAAAAUAAAUUAAAGUGCAGCAUGGCUGGGUAUUUCAUGCUGUUACUAACCCCUUAAGGACACAUGACGGAAAUAUUCCAUCAUAAUUCCCUUUUAUUCCAGAAGUUGUGUCCUUAAGGGGGUUAAACCACCUGCUGAACAAAAGAUGGACAGUAUAACAAGACAAAAACCGACCAAGGUUGGACGUAUAGUCAUCUUAGUUAUCGUCAUAGUUUGGCUAUUUUAGUCUUAUAUUUUCAGCUUGGUCUUCAAUACCCCACUGACUAUUCAGUGUUGGAAAGAGUGCACAUACUGUGUAUAAUGAAUUAUUCAGUCCAAAUACUUAAAAAAAAUCAGGGUGUCGAGUGGGAGAGGCUGACCUAGGUUUCUUUGGACUCGGGUUAAUGGACAUGAUUUCCUCUGAAGUACCGGCGCUCUGAAAUUACUUGCUGUUCGUGUAAUCACACACUGGACCCCCCACACUGCAACUCCGCCAGGUACAGAGCUGCUGACCAUGUUGUAAAGCAUGUUGUAAAGCAAUGUUUUAAAGCAAUGUGGGUUACCACAGCAAUGGCCUGUCUCUUCAAAUGAUGGAGAUUGCAACAUCUCUAUUAUAUGGGCUGCAGCCUGAAUAGCCCACUAGAGAGAGUGUCUCAGUGUCCCCACGUGUAUGUGUCCCCACGUGUCUGUGUCCCCCACUGACAUGUGGACACUGGGAGACAUGGGUAAAAAUGUAUAAAAAAGAAAAAAGUGCGCUGUGCCUUUAAGUGCUAAUUUAACGGUAUUAACAACCUGUGAACAAUUAUUAAUGCAAUAGAACAACAGUGAAUAAAGUGCGUAUUCAAUAUAUUCAUUAAUUAAAGUACAAAAAAAUUUAUCCAAUUUUGCAUAUUGUGUGAAUUUUGUGAACAACAGUGAAUAAAGUGCAAAUUCAAUAUAUUCAUUAAUUAAAGUGCAAACAAAUUUAUCUAAUUUUGCAUAUUGUGUGAAUUUUGUGAACAACAUUGAAUAAAGUGCAAAUUUAAUAUAUUCAUUAAUUAAAGUGCAAAAAAUGUAUCCAAUUUUGCAUAUUGUGUGAAUUUUGUGGGAGACAUGGGGACACUAGGCAACAUGGGGACACAGAGACAUGAGGACACUGGGAGACAUGGGGCACUGAGUCACUGUGAUACGUAGGGACACUGAUGCAUAGUCUCAGUGUCCCCAAGUCUCCCAGUGUCCUCAAGUGUCCCAAUGUCUCACAGUGUCCCCUAGUGACAUAGGGACACUGGGAGACAUGGGGACACAGACACUAGGGGACACUGGGCAACAUGGUAACACCGGGCGACAUGGGGACACAGAGACACUUGGAGAUCUGGAGACACUGGGAGCAAUCCAUCUAUACAGCAGAAUCAAACUGUAAGUAGUUUUUUGGUGAUUUUACAGAAUUUUCUCUUCUGUCACUCCUUGCGAUUUACAUAAUGUGAUGUCACUCAUACAUAAUUAGUUAUGCAAAUUAGUAAGGCCUGUAUUUUUUUCCAAGAAAGGUGGCAAACCUAACUACUCUUCACAUACUCUUGCUUAAGUAUGGAAACUUAAAUGGGAUGUAUGGAAACACAACUUGUGUGGACCAGCUUAAAUGAAAUUAGUUAAAGUAAUGCUGACUUUGGUCUCCAUAACAACAGGGCAUGUUUCUUUCUUCUACACUCACUACAUCCACCUUAUCUCUGUCUCAGACGGUAUACCAGGAACAUCUGCCUGCUAGUAAGAAGGUAAGGAGACAGGUGGACAUGUGAGUGCUAGGGGACAGUCCUUAGAAAGCGUGGAGCAGGCGCAUCAUAAGGCGCAUUUAUGCCAAGCUCAGGAUGUUGUUGGCCAGCUUGCAUGAUUGGCAGGUAGCCUGACAUGCAUUCAUGCCAGGCUAGCCUUCCAAUUCUUUGGGCAGACACGCCUCCUUUUUGUUUGUCCCUUUCAGGAGUUCUGGUUACAUGAUCCGUGUCAGUGGCCCACCCUUUUAUACUGCCCAUUGACUUCCUGCUUCACUGGACACUGCUGUUAGGGGGUAUGGAUUUACUUGAAAGAUAAAAACAUGAAUUAGAGAGAGAUUUGCAUAUUUUAAGAGAAUCUGAGUUUUCUUAUAGCUGCAUCCUAUGAAUUUCCCUCCGGCAACAUCUCUACCAGAUACAUAACGCUACGUAUGACUGUUUUAGUGGUUUUGGUCAAUAAGAUUCUGUACUUAGGCCUCUCAUAAUUGUCAGCACCAGGCCCACUGGGCUUUUAAUCUGGCCCUGCCCCUCUGAUGAGGUCAGAAGCUGGGAGGAAGUAACUGCUGUGUGUGUGUGUGUGUGUGUGUAUGUGUGUUUGUAUGUAUGUGUGUGCCUGUAUGUGUGUGUCUCUGUAUAUGUGUGUUUGUUUAUGUUUGUGUCUGCAUGUGUAUCUGUUUGCAUGUGUGGGGGAAGGAGGGAAUGAAUGGGUGGGGGGCAGUAGACGUAUGGGGGGAGGGUGGUGGUGGGGGGAGUUAGAUGUACGGGAUGCUUCCCAGAGCAAUUUUCGCACUGGGCCCUGUGUUUUUUUAGUCACACCUCUGAACAUGGGGAUACAUAUAUAAAGAACAUAUAGGAUAAUAUAUAUAAGAGGAUUGUAGAAAAUGUGAGGAAAAUGUCUAUAACACUAUUUUCAUAUAUCUGUAACUUUAUUGCUUAGUAAAUGAUUAAUUAAAAGUUUAUUUGCCCAAUCAAAAUUUUCAUUUCUGUUUGCAAUAUUUGCUUCACACUGGCACUUACGUAUACACGACUGCAAGGUUAUGCAACUAUACCCCACAGUCGUGUAUGAAUGGUUUACAUAAUUUAAAAUUAAAGUUGUUUAUUGCAAAUUAAUGUAGUUUGCAAAUUAUACCAUAAUCACAGUCAGAGAGCUUACAAUGCAACAGCACAUUGAGCCUCUGAACAAUGAAUACAGACACCUGUCAAGAUAACUACAGCUCCCUAUACACAUACAGUGCAACCCCUAUUUGUUUUUCCCCCCCUAUGGGUUAAAGGCAGCUCCCACCCUUCUAAAUUUCAUUUCCUGUUAAAAACCAACACGCUCUUCACUGAUGCAUACACUGACAUACACUCACUGACAGAUACACAGUCAUUGUCACACACACUGUUUAACCAACACACACUUUCAAUGAAACAUACACACUCACUGACAAAUAGACACAUGCACUCACAUUCACCGGCAGACACACUAACUGACACAUGCAUUCACUGACAGGUACACAUACACAUUCACUGACAAGACACAUACACACUCACUGACAGACACACACAUACUCAGUGUCAGACACACACACUCACUGACAGACACAAACUGACAAACAUACAUACACACUUACUGACAGGCACAUAUACACUGAGUGUCAUAGACACACAUUCGCUAACAGACAUACACAUUGACUGACAGAUACACACUCUCAGUGACAGACACGCAUACACACACUGACAGACAUACACAUUCACUAACAAACACACUCUCGCUGACACACACUCUUUGACAGACACACACACUCUCACUAACAGACAUACUAACACUCACCAACAGACACACACACACACACACUAACAUACUCACCAACCGACAGUGGCGUACACACAAUCCAUGGGGCCCAGGUGCAAAACUGAUCCGUAGCCCCCCCUCCCCUUCACCCCUCCUACCCUGACCCUCUCCCCCAUGACUGUGGGCCCCCCAAACACAUACAUACAGACACAAACACACACCCCUGACAGACACAUACAUACAUACACACACACACACAGACACAUAUAUACACACAUGCAGACACAUACAUACAUACAGAGACACACACAUACAGAGACACACACAGACAUAGACACAGACACACACACAUACAGAGACACACAGACGUAGACAGACACACACAAAAUAGACACACACACACAUACAUACAGAGACACACACACAUACAGAUACACAGACACAUACAGAUACACACACGCACACAUAGAGACACACACACAUACAGAGACACACACACAUACAUACACACAUAGAGAGACACACACACACAUACAGAGACACACAUACAUACAGACACACACACAUACAGAGACACACACACACAUACAGAGACACACACACAUACACACACACACACACACAUACAGAGAAACAGAGACACACAUACACACACAUACAUAGACACACAAAUAAUACAGAUACACACACACACACAUGCAGAGACAAAGACACACAAAUACAUACAGAUACACAUAGACACAUUCAAAGACACAGACACACACACACAUACAGAGACACAGACACACACUUGCAGAGACACAGACACACACAUACAUACAAAUACACACACAUACAUACAGAUACACACACAUACAGAGAUACACACACACACACACACAUACACAAAAUAUUUCCUACCUUUUGUGAAUUUCCCUGGGGUCCAGUGGUGGCUCAGCUUGAUGGGAGUCAGAGUUCCCACUCUGACUCUCUCCUCCCUCCUGCUUCCUCCCACAUGGACUCUCUGUAUGCUGGGAGGAGUGACCGGGGAGUCACUUCCUACCAGCGUCUGAUGUCAUCACAGGGGGCCCAGUCGCGCUGUUAAAGCGCCCAGCGCAGGCUGGGCCCCCUGACAAUCCAUGUCCAUCAGGUGGCCCUGACAGCAUGGGCCACCCGAUGGACCUUUUAACAAUCGCCCCCGGCGGUUUGAUGCGCGGGCCGGGGCCGCAAAACGUGGCAGCUAGUUCACAGGGGUCCGCAGGUCGGCUAGGCCCCCUGGAGUGACAGGCCCGGUCGCAGCUGCAACCCCUGCGACCGCGGUAUGUACGCCGCUGCCAACAGACACACACACUAAAACACACACUCUCACUAACACACUCACUAAAAGACACACACACUAACAGACACACACUAAAACUCUCACUAACAGACACAAUAACAAACACACACACACUAACACACUCACAUUUUUUUUUUAUUAUUUGCUUACAUUUUGGUGGCUUCCUCCCUGGGGUCCAGUAAGGCUGCUGCUUGCUGAUCUGGCAGGCAGACUCAUAGUGGAAGUGGCGAGGGAGCAGUGAUCCUCUGCUUAGUGAUGCCGGAGCUGGAGUGACAUCAUAUACCAGAUCUGGCAUCACUGUGGUGCGCGCAAGCUUAUUUUGCCGCUCCCCUUAAAGUGCUGCCCAAAUCAUGAUGGUAGCGGUAAAUACACCUCUGGUUGUAGGACACAGAGCUAGGAGCAGGGCAAGAGUCAGGACUGGGCCAGUAGUGGCUAGGAUAUGAGGAGUGGAGGCGCUAGAAGUCACUCCAGACUUCACCCUCUAAAAGCCUUGUCACCACACCACGGAUACAGAAAGUAAGUGUCAUGAUUGGCUUCAGUUUACACACACAGACACACACUGCAUCCCCAGCACACAUACAAAGACACACGCAGCAUCACCAACAAAAACACAGACACACACUACAUUCCCUGCACACACAGACACACCAUAUAUCCUCUGCAUAUACACAGACACACACUGCCUUCCCAGCACACAGACAUUGUAUUCACUACACACACGGCAUAACAUAAUGAAUGUGGGGGUGUUUUGAUGUGCGUGGUUUUGGUGAGGUUUUGUGGGGCGGGCAUUUCAUCCUUGGACCCAGCAGCAUAAUGUCUUGGGCUGGCCCUGCAUACAUACAUACAUACAGGAUUUGAGUCACGGUUUCCUCUCAGCACUUACAAAAGGAAAGAGGAAAUAGAGCCCUCUUGUAUAAUUACUCUUAUAGAGAUAGAGCAUAUAUAGGAUAAUAAAUCAAAGAAUUAAAGAUAACAAUAACACUCUGGUUAUUGGGACAUUUUAAUCUAAACAGACCUCAAAAGACUAAUACCUUCACAUAACCAGUGCCACACUUACAGGGAAACCCCUGUAUUAAAUGCUUGGAUAGGGGGUAUGUCUACUAAAUGUCUAAUAACUGGUCUGGGGGUAUAAAGUCAACCACUGAACUAUGAACACAAAUGGAAUGAAUGUACUGGAAUUCAAGAGCCCUAUAGAGGGUACUAAAUGAUAUAAGUGUUGUACUAAUGUUGCCACAUUGUAUUAUAUCAGUUUAACAUUCAUUACCAAUAGAGUUGCAGAGAGUAGCUGUGGGACUAGGCUGGAUAGUGAAUAAAGGCAGUCAGCAGGGAAAUGGGUAGAUAACCGAAUGCUACCCGUGUAACAUAAAGGUACCCCUUGAUUAAUGCCCAAACUGUACUCUGGGUCAGUGGAUAACUAUGUGUAAGGCUAACUACAGCAGGAACUCCAGAUGCCUAAAACUGUGAAUGUCAUAAAAUAACGGUUAUCCAAGUGCAGUAAGAAAGGGGGUGUCACGUUCAAUAAUCUCCCAUAGCUGAGACCCUAUGAGAGCAUAACCAUAAAGCUGAAGGUCUGCCCGACCAGCCCACCAACUGCUAUUAGCCACUAUGAAACCUCCAGCAUGAUUAUAAUAUAACCAAGCCCAAUACUAAUAAAGCCAAGCCCAAUGAAACAAAAUAAACCAAAAUUUUAAAAAGCGUAAAAAUGCCUAAUGCUCUGCUGACCAUCUGCUACCUAGAUGCAAAUCAAAAAAGGGGAAAAAGGAGAAAGGGAAAUGGGUGCCGCAUGAAAAGCUCCAUGAAUACAAAGGCCUAUUGUCUGUGUAGUUGUGUUUCUGUAUUCAUAUUUGUAACAUACUGGAAAUCCCCUGGAACAAAGAAGGUUUAUAUUUAAGCUGUCUUUUGAUUCAAUGGAAAUUACGGUUGAUCUUUAAUGAACAGACGUCAUUUGCCUUUUGACUUUUCAAACAAUCUUCAAUAGUGUGAUGCACAAAGUAGUCUGUUCUUGGUAUUUAAAGUGGAAUAUAAUAAUAUUUGCCUAAAAGAAUCGGUAACAAAAUCUAAGCUAUUGUUUACGCUAUACAUUGUUUUUAAUGUUCUGUGUUUCUCUUUUAAACCUUUAUAUGCUUUGCCCAGAGCCCAGCACCGCCUACAUUAAUGUGUAGAUGUCUGAAUGUGCACCCAUCUCAGGGUGCUUAAAUCGCCCACAACAGUGGAGUUAAGUAUUAAUUUUGUCUGUUUUACAUUAUUUAUUUUUUGCAGUGCUGAGAUAAUACUUCUGAGAUAAUAAUUCUCUGAAACUGCUAUGUUUUCAGCUGCAGGGUUUAAACUAGAGGGACCUGACAACCAGACCACUUCAUUGAGUUGAUGUGAUCUGGGUGUCUGUAGUGGUCCUUUAAGUUUGUGUGCAUCUGCAUGCACUGGCGUACAUAUCGCGGUCGCAGGGGUUGCAGUCAUGCAACCCCUGCGACCAGGUGCCGCCGCCAUGUGUUGCGACCCCGGCCCACGCAGAGUAAGUGUGGGGGGGAGCGGGGCCCACGGAUCAAUUUUCGCACCGGGGCCCCCUGGUUCAUGUGGUACUGGGGUACUCAGGGCCGUCUUUAACGCGGGGCAAACGGGGCAGCUGCCCCGGGCCCAGUUGCUCCUGAGGGGCCCCAGAGCAGCUGCCUCGUGGGCCCCGCGAUUUGAGCAGCUCCCCUUGGACCCGGCGGGGCGGCUGCACAGAGCCACACCAGCCGCACGCUAAAGAGGGCCCCCGGGUGGCCCAUGCACUAAGGGCCACCCGGUGGGCAUGUGGCAGAAGGGGCCCGGUCGGGCGCUGUGACACUUAAACAGCGCGACCGGGCCCCUUCCUGUUCGGCAGCCGGCUGGGAGGAAGUGAGUGCCGCGCGUCACUUCCUCCCACCGGUGAUCACAACCGCGCGGGAGGAGGAAGGCAGGGAGGAGGGGAGUUCCAGAGGAGAACUCCCAUCUGCCUCAGCCUGCCACUGGACCCCAGGGAAACCACCCUCCAGGAAAAGGUAAGAACCUGGAGGGUGGCUAAAUGUAUGUCUGUGUGUGUGUGUGUGUGUCUUUGUCUGUCUGUGUGCAUGUCAGUAUGUCUGUGUGUGUGUGUGUCUAUGUCUGUCUGUGUGCAUGCCAGUAUGUCUGUGUGUGUGUGUGUCAGUAUGUCUCUGUGUGUCUAUGUCUGUCUGUGUGUGUGUGUGUAUGUCAGUAUGUCUGUGUGAGUGUCUAUGUCUGUCUGUGUGUGUAUGUCUGUCUGUGUGUGUGUGUGUGUAUGUCUCUAUGUGUGUGUGUGUGUCAGUAUGUCUGUGUGUAUGUCUGUGUCUGUCUGUGUCUGUCUGUAUAUGUCAGUAUGCCUGUGUGUGUGUUUGUCAGUAUGCAUGUGUGUGUGUGUGUCAGUAUGUCUGUGUGUGUCAGUAUGUCUGCCUGUGUGUGUGUGUCAGUAUGUCUGUCUGUGUGUCAGUAUGUCUGUGUGUUUGUCAGUAUGUCUGCCUGUGUGUCUGUGUCAGAAUGCCUGUUUGUGUGUGUCAAUAGGUCUGUCAGUGUAUGCGUCUGUGUGUGUCAGUAUAUUUGUCAGUUUAUGUGUCUGUGUAUUCAUGAAUGUGUGUCUGUGUGUGUCAAUAUGUCUGCCAGUAUAUAUUUGUGUGUCAGUGUAUGUGUAUGUCAGUAUGUAUCUGAGAAUGUUUUAAUAUGUCUGUCUGUGUGCGUAUGUGUCAGUAUGUCUGUCAGUGUGAUUGCGGGUUGGGUGUAAUUAAGGGGUUGGGGGGGGAGGAGCAGGGCCCAGGGGGCCUAAGAAAAUGCAUUGCCCAGGGUCCUAAUCAUAUUAUAGACGGCCCUGGGGGUACUCCACACUUAUCUCACCGCCUGGGAGUAGCUGCCAUGGUAUAUCACUUGUAGAGUUCACAUAAGUUUGUUAUCGCUAAAGCUGUCAGUAAAAAUACUCUGACUCAUUAGACCGCAUGUUUUGCCACUUAGCUGACAUAUCAAUUCUUCUGUACUUGACCACUAAACCUUGAGCACAGCUUGUCUAUUUUAUUUCUUACUUAGCAUAAAAAUGAGACAGUUACUCAUGGGAAUAUGUAUCAGUGUCGCUGUAUACUGAUUCAUUAUUCGGUUACUGCUGACAUAAACCUAUUUUUCUUUUCUAUGUCUAUCUAUUUGCUUCAAAAAAUUAUUUGACAAAAAAAUAAAUUGAAGGAGACAUAUUAUCUUGCUUUACAUAUUAGUUGCCCUGGAGUUGAACAGUUUUAUGUUGUGAUAUUAUUAUAGGGAUACGUUACAAUUAUUGGAACACCUGAGAUGGAGUGACCCCAAUUUCAUUUUGUUGUUUAUUUUUUUGACAUCUUUCAAUUUCUGAACCUUGGCUUUUGCCAGUGGUCUUUUAUUUAUUUUUAUUAUCACUUUGUAUUUUUCCUUCCUUCUUUAGCUCUUUUUAUCAUUGAAACAAUCCUUUGAUGUUUUUGUUUUUGUUCUUUAAUCUUGCCAUUACUUUUCAAUUCUGUUUUUACCUAGAUACAUUAUAGAUAAUGUGGUUCCUUUUUUAUUUAUUUUUUAACCUCAUCUCCUUGAUGUGGUGCCUGUAGUUGCCAGGUGCUGUCUCAAAGUUUAGUAUUAAACAAUUUUAGAUCCGUUUAAAGCAGGGGUAGUCAGCCUUUUUAUACCUACUGCCCACAAAUGCAUCUUUCUUGAUGGAAAAAUGUCCUUACCGCCCACCAGUUUUCGCGCAAGUGCGGAUUUUUUUUUAGAAAGGAGGGUGUUUUAAAAUAAAUAAAUGUACAUAGAUUUAUAUAUUUUUUUUUUUUUAAAUUCUUUAUUUUUGGUUUGACGAAGUAGAUGAUAAACAUGAAAGCAUGUACAUUUUCGAAUAAGACAGCGCAGUGUCAUACAUUAGCGCAGUGCAUGCAUUUGACAGUUGUCAGUUUAGGCAUAUUAUAUACAUUAAGUUUUCUGUGGGUGUCUUCGUCUAAAUUUUUGGUAUAAGAGGCAAGCGGUGUUAACUAUAUACAAUUGCUUUGUUGUGAGGAGUUAGGCUUAGAGAGUAGAGUGUCAAUCCCCCCGCUUCCUGGGGUGCGCAAUUGCACUCUCCCUCCCUUCUACGCUCUGCAAAAUGUUGGCAUAUUAUUAUUUGCCUUUCCCCUCCUGCCAUCUUGCUGAUCUAAGGUGCUUGCCCUCGAGGGAUAGAUAGAAAGGAAAAGUAAAGGAAUUGGAGACAAGUACGUGCGUGUUUAAACAGUUUCAGUUUGGUGUGGUUACCGGAUGGAUCACCGAUGGGGGUGGUCAACUCCCUUAAGCUGUGAUUUAUGUACUGGGCCUGGCCCCGCGCUCAUCUAGUAGUGGUGUCUCUUUCGCCUGGUCGAGUAAUGGUGUGGUGGUUGGCGCUGGGUGGGUCCUAGCCCCGCCAAUUUAGAGUUGCGUGGAUGCUGCCCUGCGUCCCGGGGUGGUGUUCUAGGUGUCGUACUGCUCCCAUAGGUCCCAGACUUUUUGGAAUUUGGCCAUUGUGUUUCGCACCUGAGAAGUCAGUUUAUCCAUAAUGUAGUUGUCUCGUAUUUUUGUCUUAACCAGGGAUAUAUGUGGGAGGUCUGGACAUGACCAGUGUUGUGCCAGGGAUCUCCGCGCCGCUAAAUAGAGCAUGUUAAGUAGUCUUUGGUCGUGUCUGGGUAGGUCUUUUGUGGGUCUUGAAAGUAGGCAUGCCCAUGGGUCUAGCCCCAGUCGCCUUUGUAGGAUUUGGGAGCUGAGCUCCACAACGUUGCGCCAGUAUUCUGCGACCUUCGGGCAGCCCCACCACAUAUGUAUAUACGUGCCCCGUUCCCCACACCCGUGCCAGCAGUCAUCUGUGGGGCUUAGUCCCAUAUGUCUCUGUUUCACUGGGGUCAUGUACCAUCGAAAUAGAGUUUUAUAAGAUUGCUCUUGGAGUGUCACACAUAUUGUGGUUUUGCUACAUGCUUCCCAGAUAUCUUGCCACUCCGCUCCCUCUAACACCUCCCCCAGGUCGGCUUCCCACUGGUCGGUGUAUCGCAGUGCGCCCUCCUCAUUCGAGUUCCCGUUGAGGUGGUUGUACAGUAGCGUAAUGAGUUUAGUUUGGGUUGUCUCAUUGUAACAUAGUUUCUCGAAAAAGGUUAGUGGUGUCAGAGCCGCCUUCCGUAUGUCAGGGUUUUGUGCAAAGUCACGGAUCUGCAUGUAUCUAAAGUAGUCUCUUGUUCGUAAGUUAGCUUUGGUGGCUAGGUGUUCGUAUGUGACUACUUUUUGGUUCACAUAUAGGUGUACGUAUCGUUGGAGUCCUGUGGCCUCUAUCCCCUUAUAGUCUCUUGCCUGCAUUCCGGGAGGGAAGGCCCUAUUCCUAAGGAUUGGUGUCAUGGGGGACGGAUGAGAGCUGAGGGCGUAUUUCAUUUUGGUUUGGUCCCAGAUCUGUAUAGAGUUGAGUAUGGCUGGGUUCGCUGUUCUUAGUAUGGCUCUUUGUGUUUUGGGUGCCCAUAUGGAGAAUUGUGGGAGAUCCUGACCCGUCAUCAGUGACUCUAGGUCCACCCAUCGUCUCCUGUCUGGAGGCGUGUGCCACUGUAUCACCUGUGUCAGCUGUGCGGCAAGAUAAUAGGUGUAAACGUUGGGUAGUCCCAGCCCCCCCCUGGAUUUCGGUCUGUACAUGAGGGCUCGCGCAGUUCUUGGGCGUUUGUUGUGCCAUAUGAAGGCAUCGAUCGCUCUUUGUAUUCCCGUCAGGUCCCUCCGUGUUACUCUUAUCGGGAGUGCUUGAAAGAGGAAUAGUAUCCUCGGCAGCACGUUCAUUUUUAUAGAGUUUACUCUCCCCAGCCAGGAGAUGGGCCUAUCCGUCCACUGCUCUAGUUCUGCGAGAAGGGUCCGGAAGAGGGGUGUAUAGUUACGGGCAAAUAGGGAGGCUGUGUUCGCUGUUAGCCGUACCCCUAGAUACAUGAGUUCGUCAGUAGUUAACUUGAAGUGAUACGUGUCGCGUAUGUGGGUGAGUUCCGGGGGUUCCAGGUGGAAGGGCAUUGCUACUGAUUUAGAGUAGUUAAUUUUGUACCCUGCUAUGUUGCCAAAUCGCUCCAAUACGAGCGAUAAGUGGUGGAGAGAGUGUCUCGGUUCCCUGAGUGUCAGCAUGACGUCGUCGGCAUAAGCCGAGACCGUGAAUGGUGUUCCCCCCACCGUGACGCCCCUGAUUUGCGGGUGCUGUCUGAUGGCUUGUAGUAGUGGUUCCAAGGUUAAGGCGAAGAGCAGGGGGGACAGUGGGCAACCCUGUCUGGUGCCGUUUCCCAGGGUAAAGGGCGUUGUUCGUGCCCCUGUGAUGAGUAUUUGUGCCCUCAGGUCGGUGUAUAGUGCUUGUAUAGCUGUUACAAAUGUCUCCGGGAACCCCUGGAAUCUAAGUAAUUCAAAUAAAUAAGGCCACAGCACCCUGUCAAACGCCUUCUCCGCGUCUAAUGAGAGCGCCAGAGAAGGCGUUCCGGAUUCCCCCAUGUGCCAGAUUGUGCUGACCCCGCGUCUCGUGUUUUCAUACAAUUGGCGGCCUGGCAUAAAGCCCACCUGAUCUGGGUGGAUCAAGCGCGGGAGCAGCACGUUGAGUCUGGUUGCCAGGAUUUUGGCGAAUAUUUUGAGGUCAGUGUUGAUAAGUGAGAUUGGCCUGUAGCUCGAGGCCAGUGUGUCGUCCUUCCCCGGUUUUGGUAGAAGGACAACAUUUGCUGUAGCCAUGUCGCCAUCAGGCGUCCCGCCCUGCAGAAAAUGGUUGCUAAGGGUCGUCAGUUGGGGGGCUAAUACAUCUUUAAAUUGUUUGUAAUAACUAAUGUCGUAGCCGUCUGGGCCUGGUGCUUUACUGCCCUUUAGGGAAGUUAUGGCUGCCUCUACCUCAAGUUGUGUGAUUGGUUCUUGUAGUGCGUCCGCUUCCGCCCCGUUCACUUUUGGAAUAGUGAGUUCAGAGAGAAAUUGGUGUAUGUCUGCCAUGUAGGCCGCAUUGGUGGCCCGGAGGCGGGGGGAGUGGUUGUAUAGUUCUGAGAAGUAGGAGGUGAACACUGCAUUAAUCUCGUCCAUAGAUUUAUAUUUUUAAUUUCUACUUAAUGCAUGUUUAUAAUGUUUUUAACUUUAUAAAGUUUAAUGAGAAAAAAAUAAAGUAAAUUGAAAUUACCUUUAACUAGUGAUUAAUGAGAUUCUUGAGGUUGAUGCUGCGAGACUAAAUAUUUGAUAUCUGGUUUGAUUUUCGUAAGGAACAAACAAAGGUCUCCUCUUUCGGUGAUAUUCAGACGACUUCUCUGUUUGCUCAUAAUAUGAUUUCUCAUCUGUGCAUCAGCUCCCCUCCUCAAUUCCCCUCCCCACCUUUUUUUCAUUUUUUCUAUUUUUUUACCUUCCUUAUAACAAUGGCCAGCAGGAAGGCUGAGCUAGGUAGCCCACUUAUUAUUAGCCAACAACAAUUCUCUCCUCCUGCCUAUAACUUUUCUUUCUCCUAUUUUACAACUGCUCUGUUCCGCUUCUGCCUGCUUCUGCCUGUCCCUGCUAUCGUACAUCAGCUCCCACUCCUCCCCUUCACUCGCGUUUGCAUGAGUUUGUGUGCGUUCGUACUUUCAUGUGUGUUUGUGCACCCGCGCCCGCCCGUCCUCUCUCUCAAAAGGAAGAUUUAGCAUUAGCUUUCUGUCCCGCUGAAACCCCUACCGCCCACCUGGAAUCCUGAAAUUCCCACUAGUGGGCAGUAGGGACCAGGUUGACAACCCAUGGUUUAAAGAAACUCAAAUAACCUCUAUAGUAUUCUGUAGUGGUUUAUGGUGCCAAGAGUGCCCUGUCACUGCUAUUGUAAGUAGUCAAAUCACUUGCCAACAGUUUUGUCUUCUUAUGUUGGGUCCAUCAGACAUCAGACACUUCCUCUCUGCUGAGCUAUGUCUGGUGGUGCAGUCAAUGAGCUGCCAUUCACAGCAGAGCUUAGCUCUGGGGAGCUAACAGAAGCUCCUAGCAGUAGCUCUCGGCUCUCCAUACCAGAACAGGAGAGGCAAGGAGCAAGCAGUAGACUCCAGGCUAGGGUUGCUCCAACCACAACAAUGUAUUUUUUUUUUUGUAUUGACCUUCCUGGUAAAGAGAAGUGAAAUAAGAGUAAGCUCCCCUCACAUCCAAGUUCUCCCUGCAACCCAAUCAUCCUUCUGGGAUAUUACUCCUCGUGACUGCAGGAGAAGAGGGAUGUCAUCAAGGGAGGGCUUAGGAUGGUAUUGAGAGGGGACUGUGGCGCCAUUGGAAUCUAUGUGUGCUGAUGGACUUUAUUAUUUUGUUUUUUUUUCAUGCACAGAUUUAACUUUAGCCCAGAACUCUAGUUUUUGAGGCUUGCUAAUGAUCUUGCAAGAGGUAGGUUUACACCUCUGGUAACAAAACAAAAUAUUCUUACUGAAGCGCUGUGCAUAUGGACUUCCAAGCACCAUGACCAAUUCUAAUCACUAAAGUGGUCAUGGUGCUUUGAUUAAUUCUUUCAGUGUUAAACUGAUUAAAAAUGGUUUAACAAUUUGAACUAUAGAACAGUGCUUUUGGACUCCAGGCACCAUAAACACAAUAAACACUUCAAUGGCAUGUAGCUAUUACGGUGCCUAGAGUAUCCCUACAAAAACUAAUGAUACAAGAUUUAUCUUUAGAGUUAAAGCAGAUCUGUCAUCGUCCGAUGUCUGCAUUAAUUACAAAGACCCCAGACGGUCACAUCUCAGCUGGGUGUCAGGUGGUUCAGGGGAAAGUGAAUCUGUCCUUUGUGGGUGCUGCCACUUUGGUCCAUCCGGUCCUUUUGAGCACUGACGCUUCAGAUUCUAGGAGCUGACAUCAGUGCUGUAAAACUAUGCAGGAUAUCUCUGUAUUCUAAAUAGACGGUCUUUUUCCCUUCCGCCAUCACUAGUGAUGAAUAGGGGCUAGACAAGGCUUAGCUCUGCAUUUUUACAUCCGCUCGACAAAUAGGUGUACACAAAGAAGUCCCUUGACUGAGUUGGAAUUUCAGUGAAUUUUGUGAGUAUUUCAUAAGGAGUUUUUCAGAGCAGCUUUACUGAUGACUAACUAAAACAUUUUUUUUCCUUUUCUAGAUUGUGACACUUGUGACCCUACUUUUCUUCCAUUGUCAAAAUGAAUAGAAGUUCACGUGGUGUUACACAGUAAAUAUACAAGGAAGCAUAAAUCCCAAAGGAGAGGAAGUCUUUUUCUGGGAGGAUAUUAUUAAUACAAAAUUGUUCCCACUUUUUAUUGAUAUGGUCUCAAAAUAUGUAGCAAUGUGGCAGGUAGUUGCCAUUUUUGCAGUAAUCAUUUUCAUGCUGGUGAAAGAGAUUACAUUUUCAUUAAAGAUAAAGUGUUGGUAAAUACAUAAUAUAUCACAAAUAUACAGGAUUAUAUUUAAUGCAACGUUUUGAGAUAAACUCCCCUUGCCUCCAAUCCAGCACUGCCAUGUCUUUAGCUUUGUGGGUGUAAGACUUCAUGUAAUACCCAUCUCCAGUCAACCCUUGCUCCACCCGCAGUCUCCUUUAAUUUGGCCAUGCUGGUGUCUAAAUGGAGUGACAGGAGUCACUCUGUUCCAAUACUCCCUAGCCAGCGAUGACAGCAUCGUCUCGCACAGAAUAUGCAAUUUGGUUGCUAUGUGUGGAGAGAAGAAGCAUCACCUGUAGGAGUUCUCCUAAGUUCGUCACAUCUGUGGCAUAGAAUAUAUGGGUAAGAAAUGACAGGUUGGAGAAAGGCCUGUUUACCUAAAGCACAUAGAAUAAUGUACAGAUAAAAUGUUAUGCUUUUUCGAGGGAGUAUAAUGUAUAGGUAAAGUGACAAAUACCAUUUAAAGUCCAUCUUUAGAUUUAUGUAUGCCUCACAUUUGCUUUAAAAGCAUGGUAGGAACAUCAUUGCUAUCCCUAUCUUUAUCCCUAACCCUGUCAUACUAACCCCUAAGCCUGUCACACUAACAGCCACACUAACACACUAACCCCCUAACCCUCUUUCACUAACCCUCCUUAACCCUGUCACACUAACCCCCUAACCAUAUUAUACUAACACCCUAACCUUGUCACACUAACCCCCCUAAGUCACACCAACACCCUAACCCAAUCACACUAACCCCCACCCUCUUUCCAGUGGUGUAUUUUGGAUUUGUGCUGCCCUAGGCACGACUAAAUUUGGGCACCCCCAAAAUCUAAACAUUCGUGUCAUGGCCAUUUUUGUGACUGACAGACACAUGCCCUCAUUGAUACAUGCACCGAUAUACACUCACUGACAGAUACACAGUCAUUGGCACACACAUACAGUCAUAAGCACACACUGUUUAACCAACACACACUUUCACUGACAGACACACACUGACACACCCACUCACUAACAGGCACACACUCUUAGAUACACAUAAAAUGACACACACACACUGACACACACUCACAGGCACACUCAUUCUCACUCACAGACACACAACGACAGCUACACUCACCACUCACUCACUCGCUCACAGUAAGGUGGACACGAGGCAAACAAUGCAUUUGUCUGGGAGCUGGGGAGGCAUUUUUUGGCGUCCCCCACCUGAAAGUGCCACCCUAGGCAAAUGCCUUGUUUGCCUUGUGGUAAAUACAUCCCUGCCUCUUUCUAACUAACCCUGUCACACUCCAUAUUAUACACCCUGUCACACUAACCCCCUAACCAUAUUAUACUAACCCCCUAACCCAGUCACACUAACCCCUUAACCUUCUCACACUAACUCUAUCACACUAACCCCCUAACCCUAUCACACUAAUCCCCGUAGACAUGUUACACUGACCCCCCUAACCCUGUUUCCCUAACCCUGUCACACUACCCCACGAACCAUAUUAUACAAACACCCUAAACCCAGUCACAUUAACCUCCUAACCCUGAACACUAACCCCCAUAGACAUGUCACACUAACCCCCUAACCCUGUCACACUAACCCUGCUACACUAAUCCCCCAUAACCCUGUCACACUAACCCCUAACCCUAUCACACUAAACCCAGUAGACAUGUCACACUAACCUCCCUAACCCCGUCACACUAACCCCCUAACCCUGUCACACUAACCCACCUAACCCUGUUUCAUUAACCUUCUCACACUAAUCCAACUAACCAUAUUAUACUAACCCCCUAAACCCUGUUUCACUAACCCCCUAAUCCUGUUUCACUAACCCUCAUUAACCCUGUCACACUUAUCCCACUGACCAUAUUGUAUUAACCCCCUAAACCUGUCAUACUAACCCCUAACCUUGUCACACUAACCCUAUCUCACUAACCCCCUAACUCUGUCACACUAGCCCCUAUCUCACUAACCCUAUCUCACUAACCCCCUAACCCUGUCACACUAACCCUAUCUCACUAACCCCUAACCCUGUCACACUUACUCUGUUAGAAAUGUCACUCUAACCCCCUAAUCAUGUCACACUAACUCGGCUACACUAUUAACUGCAAUAAUAAACACACCGAGACAGAUAUGUGGAAGAAAAGACUGUGGUCCUUUAUUUAGUUUAAAAACAUGUUGUAACAAUAACUUAACUGACCUUGAAAACCAUAUAACUUGUAACCAAAAAUCUCCUGUCUCAAACGCCCUAAGGUGCCAGAACAUAAACAUACAAUAUAGUCCACCCCAGGUUACCUUGACCCCAAUAAAAGACCACAAAAAAAAUAAAAUAAAAAAAUAGGAAGGAAGGAUGGGGAAGCAGGUGCAGCCCAAAAAUCGCAGACGUCCAGUACACUAUUGGUUUCGCAUGCGCCAAGCCAUUACCUUAGAACCGCUUAUGUAGUAGGUAUCCACGCCGAUAAUGUCCUUGCACACAAGCAAUCCAAUUGGAGCACUCACCGCGUGGACACUUAGAAGAUUGGCUGACCGCGAGGGCGUUGCUCCUGGCGCCAAAGCCGAUGUCCUCAUGAAGCUGAGCGAGUGCGUGCAGCACACAGUGUGUGUGUGUUCUUUCUAUUAAAGUGUGUGCACUUUAAUUGUAAGAAAGCACUUUACUAACCCAUACAUGCUUAUGGCAUUUUUAUAUCUUUAAUGCACCUUAUCUGUUAAUUGUAUCUUCACCGUUUAUUCACAUUAUUACUUUAUUGCCCGGCACCAUGUCUUUUCUCCUAUGUAUAUCCCCUAUGUUCAUAUAACACAGCCGGCUAGGUUGCCAUGGUAUCGGCAACCAGAUCGGAGACACCUAUUAGGUGUAUAAUCCAUUGCUAUAGAAAAACAAGUCCAACAGGAACCACGUGUGGUAAAAAGAUGAUGGACUGCUUCCCACCAAUCAGAGGUUAGCUACGGAGGGUACCAUGGCAACCCAAAUGCCCUGAACUUCCGUGGUGGGUUGGAUUAGAGUUACAGAUGCGUAUACAGCAUUUAGGGAUGCCAUGGAAGGCUGGUCAAUACACCUGGGGUGAGUUCACUAAUUGUACCUUAUACCUAUAUAUUUGAUAAUUAUGUGAUUCUAUGUUAUGCUGUUCUGAGGAAAGUCCCACACUGGGACUGAAACGUCGACCUUUUUUGGCAUCACUGUAUACACUUUAUCAUGUGCACAUUUUAACUAUGAGGAAACAAACGCUACAUUUUAAUUUAAUAUAUAUAUAGAGGUAAUACAAUGUUAAACAAAAAUCUGCACACCAGUCAAGCCAUAAGACUAUAUAUAUAUAUAAUCUAAGAUGUCAAGGAGUAGAGAGGAGUCUACUUGUGAUAUCUCUUGCUCCUUUAUUAUUAUGUAAGCUUGUCUAGGAGGCAUGCUUGUAUCGGCUGAAUUCAAGUAGUGGACUGACAGAUUUCAACUCAAUGCUGAGUUCUAAACUUUUAACUUAUUACAUUCGUCCUUGGUUUACCCCAGCUUCGGAUGGCUCUAGUCAUCUUCUGUGCAGCCACUGCUAUAAUAAGCUGCUGCUAUCAAACAUCUUGCAGUGCACUGGGAGAUUUAUGGCACAAUCUUCAAUACUGGAUUUCCACCGGCCUGCAAUGGGUCGUACUCUAUACAAUGGGUUGAGGUUUUUUUUGUUUGUUUUUUAACAAAAGAUUAUUUCGUUUGUAAAGUGUUUAGUGGAACUGAAUGUUCUUUGGUGUUUUCCCUUCAGAUGUGAAUUUUUAUUGCAUAUAAAAGGUCAGCCUUUAGUUCAAGAAAUCCAAGAAAAAUAUCCACAACUCCUUGAUCAGGUAAGUCAGAAAAAUGCUAUAUCAACAGGGCUCGAGUCCUGCAGGAACGCAUGGGAACGGCGUUCCUGCACUUUUUCCAAAGUAGGAACGCCGUUCCCGUUACCUGUCCUGCAGGACCGGCCCUGCUACCUGCACUGAGGGGCCAGCACACGCUGUGUUCCUUCUCCAGCUAUAACUCUCGCGAGACCCGCGGCUGUUACCAUGGCAACGCUCCGCACAGGCGAGUCUCGCAAGAGUUAGAGCUGGAGAGGGAACACAGUGUGUGAUGGCUCCUGUGUGCAGCGGCUGGCUCCCUCCAGCAUACCACCGGACCACCAGGCGAUCUCCCCCCGCCCUGACAAGGUAAGAAGCAGGGAGGGGGGAUAAAAUAAAAAUAUAUAGACACAUAAAGUAAAAAAAAAAUGCUCCUCCCCCCCCCCAUCAUCCAUCACUCACACACACACACAUCAUCCAUCACUCACACACACACAUCAUCCAGCGCUCACACACACAUCAUCCAGCACACACACACACACCCAUCAUCCAGCACUCACACACAUAUCAUCCAGCACUCACACAAACACCCAUCAUCCAGCACACACACCCAUCAUCCAGCACUCACAAAAACACCCAUCAUCCAGCACUCACACACACAUCAUCCAGCACACACACACAUCAUCCAGCACACACACACAUCAUCCAGCACACACACACACACAUCAUCCAGCACUCGCACACACAAUCAUCCAGCACACACACACACAAUCAUCCAGCACUCACACACACAUCAUCCAGCGCACACACACACAUCAUCCAGCGCACACAUCAUCCAGCACUCGCACACACAUCAUCCAGCACUCACACAAACACCCAUCCUCCAGCCUCCCACAAACUUGCCCAUCAUCCAGCACACACACACACAUCAUCCAACACACACACACAUCAUCCAGCACACACACACACAUCAUCCAGCACUCACACACACAUCAUCCAACACACACACACAUCAUCCAGCACACACACACACAUCAUCCAGCACUCACACACACACAUCAUCCAGCACUCGCACACACAUCAUCCAGCACACACGCACACACAUCAUCCAGCACUCGCACACACAUCAUCCAGCACACACGCACACACAUCAUCCAGCACACACACACACACAUCAUCCAGCACACACACACAUCAUCCAGCACUCACACACACGUCAUCCAGCGCGCGCACACACAUCAUCCAGCACACACACAACAGCACUCACACAAACACCAUCAUCCAACACUCACACACACAUCAUCCAACACUCACACAAACACACCCAUCAUCCAGCACUCACACACACAUCAUCCAGCACACACACACAUCAUCCAGCACACACCCAUCAUCCAUACACACACACACCCAUCAUCCAGCACACACACACCCAUCAUCCAGCACUCACACACACAUCAUCCAGCACACACACACAUCAUCCAGCACUCACACAAACACCCAUCAUCCAGCACACACACACAUCAUCCAGCACUCACACACACAUCAUCCAUUUCACGCACAUCAUCCAGAACACACACACACACACAUCAUCCAGCACUCCACACACACACAUCAUCCAGCACACACACAACAUCCAGCACACACAUCAUCCAGCACACACACACACAAUCAUCCAGCACACACAUACACAUCCUCCAGCACUUACACACACAUCAUCCAGCACUCACACACACAUCAUCCAGCACACACACACACACACACAUCAUCCAACACACACACAUCAUCCAGCACACACACACACAUCAUCCAGCACUCACACACACACAUCAUCCAGCACUCACACACACAUCAUCCAGCACUCACACACCCAUCAUCAAGCACUCACACACACCCAUCAUCAAGCACUCACACACACACAUCAUCCAGCACUCACACACACGUCAUCCAGCGUGCACACACACAUCAUCCAGAACACGCUGCAUUCAUUAUACACACUCUUCACUCACUACAAACACACUACAUUCACUAUACACCCUCUGCAUUCACUAUACACACUCUGCAUUUUAUUAUGCACAUUCUGCCUCACUACACACUACAUUCACUAUACACACUCUGCAUUCACUACAAACACACUCAUACUGCAUUCAUUGUACACACUCUGCACUCACUAAAAACACACUGCAUUCAUUAUACACACUCUGCAUUCACUACAAACACACUACAUUCAUUAUACACACCCUGCACUGCACUAUAUGCAUUGGAGUGUAAUUUUUUUUUUUUUAAAGGGGGGGGAAUCUUGGGUGAGUUCCCACACUUUUUUCCCCAGGACUUGACCCCUGUAUAUCAAGAUUAUAUCAUUUAAUAUCUAACAGAUUGAUCAGUUUAUCUUAGCUGUGAUUUGUAACCUUGUUCUGAGUGACCUGGAUCUAUUCGAAGCAGCUGUUAUUACCCAGCUUAUACAAAGUAAAAGACAAUCUCAUUUUGUUGAUGAUAGGUCGUUGUAUCCUCACACCCAGGGCCGACUUUAGGAGUGUGUGAGCUGUGCAGUUGCAUAGGGCACCAUUGCAACAGGGGGCAUUCGGCGGCUGACAAAUCUUGCACACACAGGGGCCGGCGGUGAAAGGUAUAAUGUCAAACACCGAGGGCAGAGCUAAAUAUACAGCGGGUGGAGCUAAAUGGUAGGCGGGGAGCAACUAAAUGAAGCCGGUACCUGCUGCCUGUUUGCUGCUGCACACUAGGGAAAGAAACAAAGUUUUGUUACCGCUGAUAUAAAUAAUGUGAAAUUUGGUAAAGAAAAGUUUUAUGAGCAAAAAAGACCUGUUGCAAAUCCCAGCUAGCUUCAAACAAAAUCUUCUGUUUCUCAAACUAAAGAUAAUGGAAACAGUGUAUACAAUGGCUGAAUUACAAACCCCACAUAACAUCUUUGUAAUGCUUGUCUGUAAAAGCUAAUUUGCCAAUACUAUUUUCUUUCUGUAGAUGAAAUCAUUGUGAUCAGAAAAAGUCGAGUCGCUCUGUCACAAUGCUUGACCUGCUCACUUCUCAUUCUGAAUGACCUUCAUUCAUCUCAUAUCAUAACCACACCUGAAAACGAGUCCAUAAAGCAAAAAGCAAGCACAAGAACUGAUCAAAACCAUUCUAGCAAAAGGGAAAAAUGCAGUUCUAGCAUUCAAAAACUGUCUAAAGGAAUAUAA